AGAUUCAGAAAUAAAUACUUAUUUUUUUGAAAAAAAUAAAUUUAGCCAAAUUAUAACGUAUAUCGCUCGUAAAUCUUAACGGUACGACGAACCCUAGAAACUCCACACGGUAGUGAUCAUCACAAUUACCAUCUUCUUCAUAUUCAGUCCAGAAGAAAACAUAUCCAGCGCAUUCGCUCUAUAUCUAAUCAUCAACUCUUUUUUCCAGAUUGAAUUUAGUUGACUUUUUUCUCCUACUAGUCUUGGCAAGCUAAAUAGGUGGCUAGUAUUGAUGAUACUGUAUAGCAGGUUUGAUAGAAUUGCUUCACAUGUUUCUUCAGCAUUCCGGCAGGCAUUGCAGAUUUUUUUUACUGGUGUUCAUAUUGAAGAACUGCUUUCUAAACGAGAAUUAAUUGAUAAAGAAAGGCUUCUACUAUAUAUGGUAUGUAAGGUGCAACAUUAUUGAGAGUAUUUGGCAUUAGUAAGUAUGAUUGUGUAUAUUUGAUUAUUUUGCAAAUCUGUUAAUCUGUAGAGCUUAGAACGUCUGGUAGUGCUCAUUUGACCCACUUUUGGAAGUUUUAAGUAAUUGACUACUAAUGAUAUGAGCACUCAAGUUAAUAAUGUUUCCUUGACACGCUGGACAAGCUCUGGGAUAUUCAUUGUUUUCUAAUUCCUCACGACUUCUUUUGCAUUGCUGUAUGCUUCUUCUCCAGUGAUCUAGGUCCAUAGAUGAUUCUCCUCUGUUUUAAUUCCAUCUCGAACGCCUUCAAUUCUCAAACAGCUUUUCUAGGGACAUAGUAUUGAAGUCGUUCCUUUCACGGAUGGAUUUAGUUUUGUUUGCAAGAUAGCCUGGCAGCACUAACGCGAACUUUCUAUUAAUUUCCUGUUGUGGGUAUUUCCUUCUAUGUAGAGUCAGUUCAUUUAACAACAGCAUGAACCUCUCCUAGAUUUGUGAAAUGAUUAUACCAGGUAAGGAUUUGAAAGCUUCAUAUCUUUUAAUUUUAAGGAAAAGAAUUGGAUACUUUGUUCUCUGUCUUCUGUGCUCUUUGUGGCACAAGUAGUUCUCAUCUUUAUAAAGCACUCUCCUUGGAGAGAUCCUGCAGUUCAAAUGCAACACGGAGGCCACAUGAUUGUGAUUUUAUGACGUGAAGUACAAGAAGCAAUUGCUACAAGCAUGAACAUACAUGAUAUCAUGAUGCCAUGUUUAUUAGAAAUAAUGCAAUCGCUCUGAAUUUUAAGACAUUAUAGUAACAGGUGACAAGUGAGUAUUAAUAGUUAAUGUUUAAAUAGUAAUGAAUUAUCAGGUUGCAAUAAUUCAUUAUGUGACAACCGGCAAGUGGGUACCACUGUCAUCAUCAAAAUUUGUUGGAAGCUUGAAAACUUUUUUGAUAGUACAAAGGAAAAGGAGAAGAGGAAUCAUGAACCUGAAGUAAAAGGAUACCUCUUUGCCACAUAUUUAAGAAAUUGCAAAUGCCAGAUGGAUAGCUUCUUAGCCAUAUUAGCAAGUAGCGACUGUUGGACUCACAGAAUGGACUCAUAGAAUAAGUAUUUGGUUGAACUACCGAAGUAACUUAUCUCUUUUGACGUGAUAUACAAUUUACUACAAAUAUUGGUCAGCGAGAAUGACUUCUCAACAGCACUCCUAUGGCCAGCGAGAGUGACUUCUCUGGUUUUUCUGCUUUCUGUGGGAGAUAAGAUAGUCUUUUGUAAUUAAACAUGCUGCCUGGGCCAUCUCAGCAGUUGCAUGCUUGGAACUAAUUUUGUGAUAAAGUUAUAGAUUUCGUGUAUGAUACAGUUCUUGUAUGCAGGCAUAUUUGGAAUUUGAACAGACUAAUGGGGAUCCGUCUCGAGUUCAGAUACUGUAUGAAGAUGCUAUUACUGAAAUUCCUGCAUCUGCUGAUCUCUUGCCAAAUUAUAGAGAGUACCUGCAUGGAACUUUAAAGGUGUUUCCUUUUAAACUUAGUUUUCUCUUUAAUUGUUUCUUUUAUUGGUUUACAAAUGAAUGGUGUAUGUUCUGUUAGGCAGCAAGGAUGGUGAAAAAUAUCUAUUACAGAGCCACACAGGCCUGUCCAUGUGUUGGAGGAUUAUGGUUUAUGGGUGUGAUACUUAGAUAUCCUAGAGAGUCUGGAUGAAGAACUGUGUGCAAUCUGCGGUCAUGGAAGGCUCCAGACAGCUCAAAGAGUCCAAAAAUGCACUACUUAUUAUUGGAGGUUGUCCUUGGUACAUCACUGUGGGCCCAAGCUAUCUGCAGGGGAAUCUGCAGUCACUGCUUCCCCUAAUAUCCUCCCUUUACCAUAUUCCGUAUGACUGUAUUAUGUAGGUAGCCUGGAAGCAAAUUGUGGACUCCAGAAAUCAACUAUAUCUUUGGCGCUUAUCAUCGUGUUGAGUUCUUGAUUUUUGUCGAGGAUACUCUUUGGUGGCAGUUGUCUAGCAAAGAUACACAACUGCGCAGGAGCCAACAUCACCCAUCAUGAAUCAUAAACGGAUGACCGAAAAGGUGAAGAAGAUAAUCAAGUAUGAAAAGCGCAAUGUGGUAAAGGAGUAUCAGUUUCCAGUCCUUGAGCUUCCUACAAUUUUGAUAUAUUUGAUCAUUGCAAAGCUUCCUUUAAGGACGAUUUUUAGUUGCAGAGCCGUAUGCAAAGCUUUCCGUGAACUCAUAGGAGAUCCUUAUUUCACAAAAACUCACCUUAAGGAAGCACUUAGUACCAGUACUGCAAUUAUCGUUAAAGAAAGUUAUUUAUGCUCUCCGUCUUUUCGUCCUUACAUUCUAGAACUGGAUUACACCCCCAAAAAAUCCCCCUGCUUCAGUGAUCACCAAUUUUAUAAUAAGCAUGUUAUUUCUAGGCAGAGUCAAGGAGUACCCUCCAGAGGUGUCAAAUGCUGCUUUCUUGCACGUAUUGCAGUUUUGGUUGGUUCAUGUAAUGGACUGCUGUGUGUAACCUCUCUUUUACAAAUAAAACCUACAUAUUGCAUUUGCAAUCCUGUUACUGGUGAAUGUGUGACUCUCCCCCACCCAACUUCCUUCAGUUCGGACUAUUACUUCAACCAUUCAGGAUUUGGUUUCUGCCCAAAGACUGAGCAGUACAAGGUCAUCCUGUUUUUGAGCUCAGAACAUACUUUGAGAACAGAAGCUCUGGUGCACACACUGGGAACGGAAUCAUGGAGAAAUAUUGGCGAAGCCCCACUCUUUAGUUCACUACGAUCCUUUGAUUGUUUCCUGGAUGGAAAACUUCACUUCAUUACUGCUAGUCAUAAAGAGCUAUAUUCAUUUGAUCUGGAAACUGAGAAGUUUAAACCUGUCCCAAUGCCUGCUCACUUCUCGUUAGAAUAUUGCAGUGAAAUUCCCAGGAUCUACGUUGGAGUUAUAAGUGGGUGCCUAUGUCUAUGCUAUCCGUUCACUGAUGCUUACUUUGAGGUUUACACAAUGCAAGAAUAUGGCGUUCGCGAGUCGUGGAUCAAAAAGUUUUCAAUUGACAUCAAGUUUUGUUGUGGGUUGCGAGCGAUGAAAUUGCUGAGACCAAUCAAAUUUUCAAAUAAUGGGGAACUUUUGUUCUUAUCUAAGCAUAAAACUCUUGUGUCAUAUAAUACUCGAAAAAAGAGUUUUAGAUAUAUCAAGAAUUUGGGUGAUGAGUGCGGUGACGCUAUUGCUUAUGUUCCUAGCUUCGUAUCCCUUAGGUCUCAUGUAUUUAAAAGUGGUAUAACGUAUGAAAAGAUUAAGCUGGAAAGCUCAAUUCAAGUUCAGAAUGCAUCUUGCCUUUUUUGUUCGUGUAGACUGUUGAACUCGGGAUUGGUGUCGAUGCUGAGAAAAUGAAGGCUGAAAAGCUAGUGCUUCGUAAAAUGAAUGAGAGUUUCUGAGGAGGGUAGUUAUUGCUGAUGUGAUCUUGGUGUUUCGCAUUAAUGGCCGGAAGUUGCUUGAGCUCUCCUGUUCCGUCAGGCAUUGGAGUCGAUGUAUCCAAAUUAUGUAGAACUUAUAACUGUUUUCACUAAAGUACUACAAGGUCAGUUGACAUAUAUAUAUAUAUAUAUAUUUAAGUUUAUCUAGAUGGGGGCAACAUGUCAUGCUAGGCGCGCUUACAUUGCGAUGUUCUGUGUUUCUAAAAGACUUAUCUGGUUGUAGUAGUAAAUUGCUUUGAACUUUGUUUUUUGUUUGAAAAGAUGUUGGAACUUAUUUAUCUGUCCAGGACUUCUUGUUCUUCAGGUGUUUAGCAAAAAAGAAAAAUCAAUAAACAUCUCUUGCCAAGUA